UUGUCGUUAGUUUUUAAUCUUUUGCAGCUAGCCAGCUAGAGGGAGCAAGACGACGCGCUUGAGUAGACUUGAGCAGCACAGCGCUAGAGUCCAAAACCCAUACCAGGGCUUGGGAAGCCAAAACUAAGCGGGCCAUGCUUCGUUGGCAUUGACAUUUCUAGAGCUCAACAAUAAUUUAACGCCAACCUCAUACUCACUCCCUCACACUCACACCCUUCGUUUCAUUCACAAAGUCAUAACCCCUCCUCCUCCAAAGCUCUUUUUCCAGACUAGACAUCCAUGGAGAUCGAGAAUAAAUCUCAGACCCAGAUACCCAAACCCACAUUGAAGAGAAAGCAAAGAAAAACCCACAUGGGCAGUAAUGCACUGCAUGAAUCCCACGCAGCAAGAUCAAGCAGCAGCAGAAGAAUCAAGGCAAGAAGAGACAGUCAGUGCAUGAAGACUAGUACUACUACUUCUCAGAAAAACCCAAAAGAUGUAAAGGCUCAUGGUGGUGAGGAGGAAGCUGCUGAUGAUAGGGAGGAGGUAGAGAGGAAGAUAGAGGCAUUGCAGAGGAUUGUGCCCGGAGGUGAGUCACUUGGUGUGGACAAGCUAUUUGAAGAGACUGCUGGGUACAUUAUGACCUUGCAGGUUCAGCUCAAAGCCAUGAAAGCCCUUGCAAGCUUUUUUGAGGGUUUGGAGAAGGAGAAGAAAAAGUUUGGAGCUUGAGUAAGGAGGGAGGGAGGUUCUUAAUUGGUUUCAUGAGAGACCAACGAAUCAAUCUUUUUUCUUCUUCAAUUUUUAAUUUUUCUUCGUUGGGUAAGUAGUGGGUUAAUGGGUACCUUCUUCUUCUUCUUCUUCUCUCAUAAUGUUAUUUUUUUUUUUUUUGAUAUAUGUAAUGAGCUAAUGAAUAGGAAAUUAAAGAUGGAGGUUCUCUGCUAGCUAGUACUAAAGAAAUUAAUGUAAUCACUACCUUUUGAUGUUAUGGUGUAGGGAGUUAAGA